AUGAAGUCUGAGCACUCUGGUAUUAAGAAAAGAAGUUCCAUCAUCAUGACAUUCCACCCAACUAUGGAAGAUUUCUCAGAUUUCAACAAGUACAUUGCUUACAUGGAAUCCCAAGGGGCACACAGAGCUGGUCUGGCCAAGGUAAUUCCACCCAAGGAAUGGAGAGCCAGACAGUCCUAUGAUGAUAUCAGGGACAUCUUAAUAGCCACUCCCCUGCAGCAGGUGGUCUCUGGGAAGGCAGGUAUGUUCACUCAAUACCACAAAAAGAAGAAAGCCAUGACAGUGGGAGAGUAUCACCUUCUGGCAAACAGUGAAAAGUAUAGAACUCCCCCACACCUGAAUUUUGAAGAUUUGGAGAGAAAGUACUGGAAGAACCGCCUCUGUGACUCACCAAUUUAUGGUGCUGACAUCAGUGGCUCCUUAUUUGAUGAAAACACUAAAGAGUGGAACCUGGGACACCUGGGAACCAUCCUGGACCUGUUGGAACAGGAAUGUGGAGUUGUCAUCCAGGGAGUCAACAGGCCCUACCUGUACUUUGGUAUGUGGAAGACGACCUUUGCAUGGCACACGGAAGACAUGGACCUUUAUAGUAUCAACUUCCUGCACUUUGGGGAGCCCAAAACGUGGUAUGCGGUGCCCCCUGAACAUGGGCAGCGCCUGGAGCGCCUGGCCAGGGAGCUUUUCCCGGGCAGUUCCCAGGGCUGUGAGGCCUUCCUGAGGCACAAGGUGGCCCUCAUCUCACCCACAGUCCUCAAGGAGAAUGGCAUUCCCUUCAACCGCGUCACUCAGGAGGCUGGGGAGUUCAUGGUGACAUUUCCCUAUGGCUACCACGCUGGCUUCAACCAUGGCUUCAACUGCGCAGAGGCCAUCAAUUUUGCCACCCCACGAUGGAUUGAUUAUGGCAAAGUGGCAUCUCAGUGCAGCUGUGGGGAGGCCAGGGUCAGCUUCUCCAUGGAUGCCUUUGUGCGCAUCCUGCAACCUGAGCGCUAUGAGCUGUGGAAAUGCGGGCAAGACUGCAUGAUUGAAGACCACACGAUUGAAGACCACACUGAGCCCAGGAAGCCUGCCAGGCCAGGGCUGCUGACCACAGAGAGAGAGAACAAGAUGCUCUGGAGAGCAGCGCUGGGCUUGAGAUACCUCCAGUCUCCAGAGGCUUAUGGUUCCUCGAGAUCUGUGCUGGCUGGUGGCUUGUUAUGUGCGCCUGUGAGUCCAGAGUCCGGGUGCCCCUCCUCUGGCUACAGAGCUGAUGCAAAGCCUGGGACAGUCCCGAAUGGGUCCCUGCUGCCUGUUGUGACCCGGUCAAAGAAAUGCAGGAGUUCCACCAAAACCACCACUUCAGCAAAACAGAAACAGAUUUCUGGGAGUCUGGCACCUAGCCUGAGACACCUCCCCAGUCAAGGGACAGAAUGUCUCAAAUGUGUUGUUGCUACGGACCAUAGGAGCUACAGCUGCACCCCCAUGUACCGUGUGGCUCACAGAACCUCAUCCAAAAAUGUUGAUAAGCAGUUCAGUGCUACAGUUAAUCGCCGCUUCCCAAAGUUGGGUAGGAUCCGGUCAAUGAACAAACGUGACUGUGGUAGUUGUUCUUUGGAAUUGGAGGCUUCUGAGCCUACUGUCUUGACACAGACCAAAAGAGUCCUAAUGGUGGGCACCGGGAAUACAGCUUCAGGUCCUGAGUAUCAGACCUUGCUUGAGGACAGAACUUUGAUGAACAAUUCUGCAUCUGUGAGAGCUGAGCCCCAUUUUCCUGCCAAGUCUCCUGGAUGUUGCUGUGCCCCAGAUCUUCAACCCUUGGGUCCCCCACUUGAUCCUGAUGAAGCAAUGCACCCUGGUCCAUGCUUGCUAUCUCUGGAUAGGAUCCCACUGGAUCUCCCUGAAAUUGUCCCACUGACUGCUCCUGACAUUAUACCUGUAAGAAAAGUCUCCACGGAUGCUACUGGAAACCGCACGAUGACUGCUGAGAUUGUAUGCUUGGACCACUCUUAUGCCUCUAGGAUUCUGGAUUCAGAGGUCUCCAGAUUCUUCUUGCCGCUGACUGAUCCUCUAGGGCUGAAACUAGAGGGAUCUGGACCUUUGAGUUUGGAGAAGUGUUGGCCACCAGUGGAUGCUCUUGAUCUUGAUUGUUGA